UUCACGUGAACAACAGCGCAAGAGAUUUGAAUUAUUUGCUAGGUGUGUUGUCUCGUUGAAGUCUGAAUGCGGAGCGUAAACCAUUUCAGAGGAAUUUAAGAGCAACAGAACACAGCAAGAUGGACUGCCGAGCUAACAAAGAUCUGUGCUUUUUGCAAGAUGAGAAGUUUGACUUCGACGUGUCCCUGUCACCGGUCAGCUCCACAGGUGAAGAAGAAGAAGAUGAUGUGUUUGUAGGUAAAGACCUAUCAUCUCUGCUUGAGGAAGAUGCUGGUGGUGUGCAGGAAAAAUGGACCCCGCUGACUGGUGAUCAGCUGGAAGCUGUGUGUGAAGAAGCCCACAGACUUGCCCGCCAGCUGCAAAUUGGAGAUUCUCCUGGCGAGGACAACGACACAACCAAAACAACCUCUGAUACAAAAAUCAGCUCAGUGGCUGAGUGUGAAGAAUUCACCGAGGAUACUGAGGCUAAAUUAGGAAAGCUGGGUCACACUGCCAGCGUCCUCAGUCCCAUUAAACGUCAAACCUUCUGCGUGCAGGACAGCCCCCUGAAGCAGCUGCCACCUGCCAUCCAGCGGCAGCUGCUGCGAGGGAGCAGCUCCAGCAGAGCCUCAUCCAGCCAACCUGCUGCCAAGCUUAGUACCCCCAGCCCCAUGGUCGGUCCCAGAUCUCAGUCCAGAACAACACUACGAGGGAAACCCUCGUUGGGCGCUGUUGGAGUGCUGCCAAAUAAACCUGUGGCUCCAACUGCUUCCCGUUCAGCCAGCAAGAGCGGUUUGGAUAAAACCAGACUUCAGCCGCCGAGCAGAACUACAGGUGUUCUGAGGCGGAGCCUGUCAUCCCGUCCUAAUACCAGGGCGGAGUCCACGGAAGAUUUACUCUCUGAUUCGGUGAGCGUGGCCUCAGACACCAGUGACUGCUCCCUCAACUCCAGUUUGCUGGGUAAACGCAAACUGGCCCCGCCUUCCAAGGAUGCUGGACUGAGAAAGAUCUCACGUGUUAAAGCUCCAGCUGUUCAGACCUGCAGGGUCACAGAGAGGAGGAACACCUCUUCUUCUUCAUCUUCAAUGUCCAGCUUGAACUCCAGUAUAUCUUUGUCCCCUGCUAAAGGUAAACUAAACCCGCCCUUAAACCGGAGUCUGAGCAGUUCCACCGGCACCAGCAGCUUCAGCAAAGAGCCCCCUGUUCUGAACAGACCUCGCCGUUCCACUAUCUGCACCUCUGCAGAGCCAGUCUCCUCCAGCACUAGAUCUCAGUCACAGUCCAGCCAAGCCUUGAAGCUUCCUAAUGGAGAGCGCGCCAAAAUCGCCAGAUUGACUCCCAUGAAGAGAGCAGAGAUCACGCCAAUACAACCGACUCCUCCAAAGAGAAUGAUAGACAGACCUGUGUCUGUUGGCACAAGCAGCUCAGUCAAGCUGCAGAGCAGAGUGAAGACCAGAUCCAACCCUCCGCAUCAUCCAACCCCCAACAUGGCAGAAAAAAGAGUGGAGCACGCGGACGGCACCAAGGUGAUGAAGCCAAAAAGGCUGUCAGUCAGCAGCACAGACAGUCGUCCUCAGAAGCAGUCAACUGGUUCCUCUACGCCCUCCGUUGGCGGCUGCAAGCCUCUGCAGGUGGCUGCACGACGCCCAUCAGCCCUCCCAACCCCGGUGAAGAGCAGGACGUCUACCUUCCAAGCUUCCUCAAAUCAAACACAAACUUUCAGGUUGCCAUCUAGGACAGAUUCAAGCCUCACUCAAACUCCAAAACCAGCAGAGAAACAGUUGAGUUUUAGCCCUGCUCCAAAAGAACAACAAGAAGAGCCUCUUCAUCACCCUGAGGUCCGGCCCUUCAGUCUUGAGGAGGAGGCCCCCUCUGCCCCCCAGCUUUCAAACAGUCCAGGCACGAAGCAAACACAUAGUGAUGAUCAUGGCACCUUAACAGUGAGUGAAACUGUUCCAACUGAAAACCCAACAGCACUGGAGAACAGCACAGCCAAGACCCAGGAGGUUCUUCUGCUGGAUCUCCCACCUCCAGCCCUCCAACCUCAAGAAAAACUCCUCAUUGAUCUAGCCAACACCCCCGACCUGAUCCGCACCAACACCAAGACCUGCACCACCACCAACCAGCUUAUUGACCUGAGCUCACCUCUCAUCAAAUGGAGUCCAGAGGAAAAAAAAGAGAACCAAGCUCCGCUCAUAAACCUGUCCUUCUGAUCCUCCUGAAGCUUCAGACAUCUCCAGUUUAUAACUCCAAUCAGUUUUUCUUCAGAAGCCCAGGACAGUCUAAUUAAUGCAUUCUCAGGAAGUCCUCGUUACGCCAGAGGAUUAUGUCUGAAACGAUGAUUGUCCGCUUGCUUUGCUUCUCUUCAGCUGAUUAGACUUUUAAUUUUACUCCCUGCUUCUUUUAUUGUCUGAAUAAAUGUUAAUCAAUACUGUAAAUCUUGUUUGCCUUUGUGUGCUUGUGGUCGGAAAAUUCAGAUUUCUCUUAUUUCAUAUAUUAAUUUAUCCUAUUUACUCACAAUAAAAGGUUUAAACUCAGCGUGUUUCACCUGCAAGGCCACACAAUUCCCCUGUGUGAGGGUGUUUAAAGACCAGAUAUAGCUUCUUCUGCUUUAUCUGCUGUAAGCCAACCUUUUAUCCCAGGUUGGCUUACAGCAGAUAGUAACUGGUUCGCUGUUUAUUGACUAGAAUUAAAUUACC